AGACCUUAAAACAAUAAUGGAUGACUUUUGGAUUACCCUUAUGUUCCUUGGAAACAAUCCUCGAUACAUUGCCACAAAUGAGAACAUAUAUGGGUUCCAGUUGCAAUGAGCACACGCAGCACCUUUACUUCUUUCCCUUCUUCAAAUCCUCAAUGAAAUAUGAUGUCUUUCUCAGUUUUAGAGGUGAUGACACUCGGAAGGGUUUUACAGACCACUUAUCCACUGCAUUGGAAGAUAAAGGAAUAAUAACUUUCAGGGAUAACCUUGAACUUGGAAAAGGGAUAGCUAUUUCUCCAGAACUCUCAACUGCAAUUGAAGAAUCAAGGUUUGCUCUGAUUAUUAUUUCACAAAAUUAUGGGUCAUCAACAUGGUGCUUGGAUGAACUUCAAAAAAUUCUUGAAUGCAUGGAAGCAAAAGAAGCAGUGCUGCCAAUUUUCUAUCAUGUCAAUCCCUCUGAUGUACGAAAACAAACUGGACCUUUUGCGGAAGCCUUUAUCAAACAUGAAAAAAGGUUCAGGGAUGAGAAAAAGAAGGUGCAAAGGUGGAGGGAUGCUUUAACAAGAGUGGCAAAUCUCUCUGGGUGGAAUUCAAAGGAGAGUUAUGAAUCACAGCUUGUCAAAGAUAUUGCUGAAGUGAUAUGGACAAAAUUGCGCUCUACAGAGUGUCAUUCAGUUGAGAACCUAGUUGGAAUCAAUUCAAGACUGAAACAAAUCAAUUCACUCUUAGGCAGAUGUGUUGAUAAAUCAAACUCGUCGCUAUGCCACGACGUGUGA